GCGCGCCGGGCUCGCCCCCAGCGCGCGCACACGCGCGCGCGCACACACACUCGCUCACACACUCACACACUCACACACGUGUGCGCUCUCCGCUCCGGAGCCGCGGCUGCUCCUGCUCUCAGCGCCGCAGUGGAAGGCAGGGCCGAACCGCUCCUUCUUUAAAUACCUAAAUUACCGCCCGGCCAGCCUCGGCGGCCCCCCGCACAGCGCUCCCGGCGCCCCUCCCGCCAGCUCGCCAGCUGCCAGCCCCGGGACCUUUUCAUCUCUUCCCUUUUGGCCGGAGGAGCCGAGUUCAGAUCCGCCACUCCGCACCCGAAACUGACACACUGAACUCCGUUUCCUCCUCUUAAAUUUAUUCCUGCCUAAUAGCCACUCGUCUCUCCCCCCCACCCCACCCCCCAACUCGUCGCUCCAAGAAAACUUUUUCUUACUCCCCAAAGUUAGGGUUCUCCCUGCCCACCGUGUGUUAAUGUUUCCACUUUUGGAACGACCUGCAUCUUCUUUUUAAAGGAAUUCAAGCAAGAUACCUUUUUCCAUUGGACGUUGACUCUCGAUUGUUUGCAAAAGUUUCGCAUUAAAAAAAAAAAAAUCUACCUGAUCUGUACUUGAGAGUUGUCGGUUUCUUUUUUUUUUUCUUAGUUUUUUUUUUCCUUUUUUUUUUUUUAAACUUUUUCCACCUUUAAAAAAAAAAUGCACUACUGUGUGCUGAGCGCUUUUCUGCUCCUGCAUCUGGUCACGGCCGCGCUCAGCCUGUCUACCUGCAGCACGCUCGAUAUGGACCAGUUCAUGCGCAAGAGGAUCGAGGCGAUCCGCGGGCAGAUCCUGAGCAAGCUGAAGCUCACCAGCCCCCCAGAAGACUAUCCCGAGCCCGAGGAAGUCCCCCCGGAGGUGAUUUCCAUCUACAACAGCACCCGGGACUUGCUCCAGGAGAAGGCGAGCCGGAGGGCGGCCGCCUGCGAGCGCGAGAGGAGCGACGAGGAGUACUACGCCAAGGAGGUUUACAAAAUAGACAUGCCGCCCUUCUUCCCCUCGGAAACUGUCUGCCCAGUUGUUACAACACCCUCUGGCUCAGUGGGCAGCUUGUGUUCCAGACAUUCCCAGGUGCUCUGUGGGUACCUUGAUGCCAUCCCGCCCACUUUCUACAGACCUUACUUCAGAAUUGUCCGAUUUGACGUCUCAGCGAUGGAGAAGAAUGCCUCCAAUUUGGUGAAAGCGGAGUUCAGAGUCUUUCGUUUACAGAACCCGAAGGCCAGAGUGCCCGAACAAAGGAUCGAACUGUAUCAGAUUCUCAAAUCCAAAGACUUAACGUCUCCAACCCAGCGCUACAUUGACAGCAAAGUCGUGAAGACAAGGGCAGAAGGCGAAUGGCUUUCCUUCGAUGUAACUGACGCCGUUCACGAAUGGCUCCACCAUAAAGACAGAAACCUGGGAUUUAAAAUAAGCUUACACUGUCCCUGCUGCACCUUUGUGCCAUCUAAUAAUUACAUCAUUCCCAAUAAAAGUGAAGAGCUAGAAGCAAGAUUUGCAGGUAUUGAUGGCACCUCCACAUAUACCAGUGGUGAUCAGAAAACUAUAAAGUCCACUAGGAAAAAAAACAGUGGAAAGACCCCACACCUCCUGCUAAUGUUGUUGCCCUCCUACAGACUUGAGUCACAACAGUCCAACCGGCGGAAGAAGCGUGCUUUGGAUGCAGCCUAUUGUUUUAGAAAUGUGCAGGAUAAUUGCUGCCUACGUCCACUUUAUAUUGAUUUCAAGAGGGAUCUUGGGUGGAAAUGGAUUCAUGAACCUAAAGGGUACAAUGCCAACUUCUGUGCUGGAGCUUGCCCGUAUUUAUGGAGUUCAGACACUCAGCACAGUAGGGUUCUCAGUUUAUAUAACACCAUAAAUCCAGAAGCAUCUGCUUCUCCUUGCUGUGUGUCCCAGGAUUUAGAACCGCUAACCAUUCUCUACUAUAUCGGCAAAACACCCAAGAUUGAACAGCUUUCAAAUAUGAUUGUAAAGUCUUGCAAAUGCAGCUAAGAUUCUUGAAGAAGUGGCAGGACGAUAAUCACAUGGUGGUGAUGAUGAUGAGGACGACAAGAACAAUGACAAUGUAACAAGAAAACGUAAGAGAGCCUUGCUUCAACAGUGUUAAAAACAUUUUGAAAAAAGCGGUACUAGUUCAAACACGUUGGAAGUUUGUGGUUGUGUUUGUUAAAAAUGGCAUCUGAAACAAAACAAAACAAAAAAUUGAAGGCUUUAUUCUACAUUUCAUCUACUCUGUAAGCGAGAGAGACAAGAAGCAAAACCUUUUUUUUUUUUAAGACAAAAAUAAACACUGGAAGAAUUUGUUAGUGUUAAUUAUGUGAAAGGAACAACCAAACAAACAGGAAAAUCCCAUUAAGUGGAAUUGCUGUACAUACUUUUCCUAUCCCAUGCCUCACUUGAUUUUUCUGUAUUGCUAUGCAAUAGGGACCCUUCCCGUUCUUACCUUUAGAGUUAACGGUGAGUUAUUUAUUGUGUGUUACUAUAUAACGAACAUUUCAUUGCCCUUGGAAAAUAAAACAGGUGUAUAAAGUGGAGACCAAAUACUUUGCCAGAAACUCAUGGAUGGCUUAAGGAACUUGAACUCAAACGAGCCAGAAAAAAAGGGGUCAUAUUCACGGGAUGAAAACCCAAGCGAGUUAUUAUAUGACCAAGCCAGCCUGCAUUAAGAUAAAGACCCUGAAAGCACAUGCUAUGUACCAACUGCCUAAGGAAGCUUCUUGUAAGGUUCAAAACUGAAAAGCCUGUUAAUAAAGGAACUUUCAGUCAGAAUAAGUCUGGAAGAUUUUUUUUUCUUUUUAAUUGUAAAUGGUUCUUUGUCAGUUUAGUUAAACCAGUGAAAUGUUGAAAUGUUUUUGAUACGUACUGGUCAAACUUCAGACCUGAAAGUAUUGCCGUAUAGCUAUGCUAUUGGUUUUUUCCUUCGUUUCAGAUAUAUGUAACCGUACCUAUAUUAUUAUAAUAGAUGGGUAUAGAAGCCAGUAUAAUUGGAAACACAUCUGCAGAUCUCCUUUGCAAACUAUUAAAUCAAAACGUUAACUACUUUACAUGCAAUGUGUAAAUUUUUACCAUAUUUUUAAUGUUCUGUAAUAAUGUCAACUAUGAUUUAGAUUGGACUUAAAUUGGGGCUCUAUUUUUAAUGAUCGCUCAGAACUGUGUGUUUCCUUUAGCUGGCCAGUACUUUCGAGUAAAGCCCCUAUAGUUUGACUUGCACUACAAAUCUGUGUUUUAUAGUGUUUCCUCCACUGUGCUUUGUGCAUUGUCCAUUAUUAUGACAUAAGCUACCUGAGUCCACUUGUCCUGUAGAUUUUCUUUUAUGAAAAGGACAGAUUCAAGUUCAGUAGUCUUCCUCCAUCUUCUAAGCAUCCUUACUAAUCAGUUCAGAUGUUAACAGUCUUCUAUUUUAGGAAAAUUGGGGAAUAUUAUAGAUGUAUACAUAAUUGAGCUGAAAUAUUUUAGUUUUAGCAGAGGCCUAAGGAUCUGACUGUAACUCGGAAUCUUUGUGGCUGAGUUAAGAAAGGUUUCUGCAACUUGGCUUAAACAGUAUGCUCACCGAAUUCUAUUGUUAGUAGAGAUCAGACAGUUCAUAGGAAACAUCUUUUCCUUUAAUCAGGUUUUUAGUGUUCUGGGGGGAAAUGGAAAGAUUUACAUAUUUCUUGAUUUCUUUUUUAAGGGAGAAAAAAAAAAAAAAAACGCCCUGGUCAGCCUAAGUCACUCAGUUUAUUUCACGGAAGUUAAGGUUUUCAUGUGUGUUCUUUGGGGGUUGUAAAGGUACAAGCCAAAUCCUCCCAUGAUCAAAAAGUGAUUUUUUUUCUCUGAAUGAGACUUCUCUAGAUCUGAGGCGAGAAUUUACCUUGCUUUAAUAAAUGAAUGAUUUGCCACAUCGUUGCAGGGAAGGUACCCUUCCGCCAGGGUUUGUAGGAGAUGACAGUUUGCCAAUUGUCCCUUAUUCAACUGUAAGAUGAAAGUUAAUAGGUAAAACAAUGGAAUAUUUGCAGCGUCACCUAAAGGGCAGGAUGGUGAGGUGCGAAUCCAAGUGAAAUUGUCUGAUAACCUGUACUUCUAGAUGCUUGACUUUUCCUGGCCUUUAAUUAAAUGACAAAUUGGAUUCGCAAAUUUGAAAACUGGAAAAGCGAGAGGGGGGACGCCCUACUGGUGAUCAAUCUUUGUGUUGGGGGUAACCCAAUCCCAGAAAUGAGUGUGUUGAUUUUUUUUCCUUCCGUUUUCGAUGAAUUCUAUGUAAAUCACUUUUAUUUCUGCAGGUGUUUUCCUCUCAGAUAGAAUGACGUUUGUUUUGUAUUAUUUUGUCUUUCCUCAUGAAUGCACUGAUAAUAUUUUAAAUGCUCUAUUUUAAGAUCUCUUGAAUCUUUUUUUUUUUAAGUUUGGGGGUUCUGUAAGGUCUUUACUUCCCAUAAGUAAAUAUUGCCACGGGCAGGGAGGGAUGCGGGAGGGAAGGGGAAGAUGUUAGUAUACGGGUGGGGUGGGGCUGCAGUUUUUAUAUGUUAAGCAGCAGUACAGUUUUCUGGUUGGCAUGGUUUAAAAAGAAAUGGACUAUAAGAUUAGCUGUUUUGUAUUUUGAUGACUGAUUAUGCUGUAUUUUAACAUGAUGUAUGUCUGUUUUGUGGUGCUCUAGUGGUAAAUAAAUUAUUUCAAUUCUA